UUGUGAUUAGCCAACAUAAUGAGAGCAUACAAUCGCUAAUGUAUAAUGCAGCGCCCAAGAUGUAUUGUAACCAAGCCCUUUAAAAACCUUGAUCAAUUUCAUUGUUYUUUUAUUCACGGGUUUAAUGUCUCCACUUUUUGCUAAUGUCUCUUUUUCUGUUCAUCCAGAGCGCGCGCUCAUCCUGUGACGUAAUAUGACGUAACAGUUGUGUUUUGUGGUUGGUUUUCUUUGUCGUUGAACCUAAAAAGCAAAAUGUCUUUCAAUGCAAGAAUGUUAGAUAAGAAGAAGGGAAUACUUCCUGCAGAUUUGGCCGCAGCGUAUAACGCAUACCACGCCAACAAAGCUGAGGAAAUGCGACUGUUUAAAACUCUGAAAAUACUACAAUGGCAACAACAAAUCGCGUUAAAAACAAUCAAAAAAGAGAAAGCACAACUCGAACAGGAACUUAAGAACCAGGCUGAAGAGUACUUCCAGUGUCAUCGAGUAUUUUCUGAGGAAUCUUUGAUAUCUAUUACAAAUUCACUGAAGAAACUGUACAUGGGACCUUUCCCCACUAAAGCCGUCCUCCCUAAAGGAAAGCUCUAUCAUCUCAAAACACUACUACGACAAAUGCAGGAUGAGCUGUAUGUCCCCUCAGCAGCAAGACGACAAGCAAUAACUGGAUGGCUCUUGAUUCCGACCUUUAGCCAAAACGAUUUGAAUCGAGAAACUGUGGACGAUACACAGAUAGAAGGUGAAAAUAAUUAUCAAAAACAUCCAAACUUAUCAACAAGUGAGAAAAAGGAUUUUCCUUACAAAAGAAAUGCUGAAACUGCACAAUCUCUAAGGACCCAGUCAGCCCCAGCGCGCAGUUUAAACCGCAAGCAUGAAACAGCAAAGCGACCGAAAACAACAAUAGCCAAGCGAGGCAAAGGUAAAAUAGAAGUCAAAAAAAAGGUAGAAAGUGAUUCCAUUCAGCGACCCAAAUCGUCUCCGUACUUCAAUAUAUAUAAAAAGAAUGCAGCUAAACUGUUAACAAUGGAAAGAGCUCGUUCAGCACUCACUAGCAAACAAAAAGAUAAACAGAACGCCAAAUCCUUGUCAAGAAAGAUAACUGGUGAAAUGAUUGGACCUCUUGAAGAGAAAUGUAGCAAAGAGAACAGACCACGUUCAGUUUCUCUGAAUCUCAAAGAACAUCCAGAACUUCCCGCACAGAUUAUCAAGGUUGCACGGAAACUUUCCUUUAAGUCGGGACUAAAUUCAGACGAUGAAGACUCAGAUAACUCUUCUUCGUUAAAUGAAGACAUCGCUUUACAAGCAGACGAAACUUGCUUCCAUUCAGAGCCACAACCUAAGCCACGCUGCAACAAAGGUCUCUCACCUUCUGAUGACAUACAUCAUUGCCCACGAUUCAGUCAUCACCAAGCCCACUCUACCCCGAGAAAAAGAAAAGUGUCAAUCUUUAAGAAAACUUUGUUGGCCCAUACCUUAUAUGGAAAACAGGUUGUCGUUGAGUCAGAUUUAAGACAAAGAGUGAUGCAAUUCAUGGACGUCAGCACAACUGAUAAUGAACAAGCACUAAGUAAUGAUAUUGAUUAGUUAGAAAUUACUAGGAGAUCGCAAUGUAUAGUAUGCGAAAUAUUGUUGGCGUAAAUAUAUUAUCGAGCUCGUGUGAUACAUGUCUAUAAUGUGAUCUUACAGCGCAUGAUCAGAAGUACAGGCCAGGCCUGGCAGGCUUGCUGUGAAAAAUAAUA